AUGGCAGAGGAGGUGAGCAUAAAUGCUGGGACUGGUCGCACUUACGAAAAAUGCGAGGAGCUGCACGGGCUUGCGAUCUAUUUUGAAAGGACGGGAAAGUACGGCGACGCGUUGGAUGUUUGCAAGCAGAUCUUACUAGAGCCCGCAGCAUACGAGCAGCCAGAGAAAGAGUUGAUCGUUUAUAUCUUUCAAAUGUGCGACUAUCUCUGCGAAAAAAUCGACGACGAGCCUCAGCGUCGCUUUUUCAAAAAAUGUGAAAACGAGUACUUCAAACAGAUUCUCAUUAAUCGCUCUGAAUUUAUCAAAGCGAAGUCCACGAAGAUGGAGGAGAAAGAGGAAGAUUGUAAAUUGCUGGCGCAAAUCUGUGAACACGAAAAUCCCGCAUUGGCGAUCACAUAUCUUUUGAAACACAGAAAGGGGAAAACCGAGAAGGAGACUGAAGAAUUCAACGAGCAAUUCCGAAGGUUAAUGGCGCGAUCUGGCGCUAAUAGAUACGAAGAAAACUUCCGGCAGCAUUCUGUCUUUGCUGGAAAUCAGGUUGGCGCGGAUGAAGGCGUGAAGAGACGAGCCCCGAAGAUUCUUAAGAAACGAGGAAAAGAACGCGCAAGAAGUAUCAACAAUGUUACUUUUGAAAUCCCACAAGUUUCCUAUUCACAAGAGAAAUCCCGUCGCCGCAAGAUCAAGGCAGCUCUGAUUGUGGUUUGGUCACUUUUUGUCUGGUUCGCCGUGAAUACGUAUCCCUUGCCAAAGAACAUUUCGCACAUGCUGCAAGAAAUAAAGGCCAGCCUCAUCGCCGUUGGUAUGCUCGUCAUUAUCAACUGGCGCAACGAGUGGUGGCCAAAUUUAGGGUCAGAAGAAGUGUUUGUAACAAAAAUGAAAACCCUUUAG